AUGCAUUACUUAAAAGAAGCUGUUACGUUUAUGGACACAGGACGCUUUAAUUUGUUUAUUGCCGAAAAGCCCCUGAUAGAUAUUUGGUUGUAUAAAGCGUAUGUGAAGAAAGUUGCAUUUAAUCCAAAUGAUGUUCUGUCAGACUGUCCAUUUGCUGUUACCGAUUGGAGUUUACUUACAACAUCAAUUGCUUUUGCUUACUCUAAAAAAUUUACGUACACCUUCUUGUUUGACAAAGCUUUACAACGACUGGUCGAAGCCGGCUUAAUUAACUUCUGGUUCAGGAAUAUGUUACCGAGAGCUCAAAUAUGCCCUUUAAAUCCCAAAGUAAACGAGAGACGAUUAAGAAACAGCGAUCUGCAACUGACUUAUUACAUCGUAGCAGUCGGUUUUGCUAUAGCAGCUCUUUUUUUCUGUGCUGAAUUGGUAAAUAAUAUAAUUAAAAAGAGACGGCAUACAAGUAUUGUGACGAUCCCGCAAAAUAUGUUAUUUACGAAAUCUCCACCGCCGCCAUAUAGCUCUCUAUUUGGACCUCCAUUUCCUAAGGAACAUAAUUACAAGGUGAAACGGAAAGAAAUUAAUGGACGAGAUUACUGGUGUGUAACUUCGGUUAAUUCAAAAACAACGAAACUUAUUCCUGUAAGAGCGCCUUCGGCUGUUCUGUUUAAUUACACAAAAUACUAAAAAAAAAUCGGCGCUCUAUUUGUGUUUUUUUUUUGUUACAAGUAUAAAAGUAGACAAAGUCUAGUGCUUAUUUGUAAUAAAAUAACAUGCAUUACUUAAAAGAAGCUGUUACGUUUAUGGACACAGGACGGUCACAUUUCUUUUAAUGUGAACUGUACAAAAAAAUAUUAAAUUUUGCACCAAAACGUGUGAUUUUGUGUGAUACAUGUAAUGUGAAUUGUAAAAGUACCCUUUAUAUCACCGUAUUGAUGUAUGGAGUAGUUUAAAAAUCUCA